GUGAGCGUGAGUUCAUUAUCAAUGAGCCGAUUGCCCCCAGUCGGCUGACACAGGGAAUAUUCGAACACUGUCCUGACUUCAGGGAAGCCGUGUUGCAGCAAGAGAUCAUAUCCUAUCUGGCACCGUUUAUUGUGAGCAUGCCGGAAUUGUUUGACCACAUGCUACGCAUUCGGCUGGGCUCACUGAUCGAAGCCAUGAAGAGCGAUCUGUUCCUACAACACAACCUAUCAUCCAGGCAAGUAGACUCUAUUUUGAGGUGA